CUUUCGAUUAUUAUGUAUGUCACGCCAUAAUGGCUGGCUACAUGUGCCCGCAUUAUGAAGACUACACAGUCGGGAUAAUCUGCGCGUUAGGAUUCGAGAUGAACGCCGUCCGCCACGUACUAGACCGCGAGCAUGUGAACCUACCAAUCAAGCCAAACGACUCAAAUAUAUACAUACUUGGAGAAAUAAAACGACACAAUGUGGCGAUUGCCUGUCUUCCUGGAAGUCAAAGCAAGAGCUCGGCCGCAAUUGCUGCGACUAAUAUGGCGCGGAUAUUCCCCAUGGUUAGGUAUCGUUUCCUCGUAGGUAUUGGAGGAGGUGCUCCGAGCGAGAACAACGAUACCCGCUUGGGCGACGUGGUGUAUGAUUACGGAAAAGGCACUGAGAGCGGCUUCACUCACAAAACGUUCACUGGGUCGCCCCCGGCCGCUCUCCGGGCUACGAUUUACAAAAUGCAGUCUGACCACCUAUCUCGGAGUAGUCAGAUCUCAGGCUAUCUACGGAGAUUGAUACUUCAGCCUUGUGUGGGAUACCAGAGACCGUCAGAAGAGGAUACCCGUUUCCAAGCCGACUAUCCGCAUACCUCUGGUCAGCAGUCCUGUGGGCAAUGUGACCGGACGAGAUGUUUUCAAACCUCACUACGCCCGGAAGAUGACCCUCGAAUAUUCUAUAAAUUGAUCGCAUCAGGAGAUAGGAUGAUUAAAAGUGCCGCGAAGCGAAUCGCCAUUAGCAACGGUCUAGGUGGCAGUGUUCUUUGCUUUAAAAUGGAGGCGGCAGGCUUGAUAAUUGAAUUCCCUUGUGUGGCUAGUCGUGGGAUCUCGGAUUAUGCCGACUCACAUAAAAACGAUGCAUGGCAGCCGUAUGCUGCGGCUACCGCUGCAGCAUGCGCCAGAGAGCUGCUUACACAUUUGGAGCCUGAGCAGGUCUCUCGAAUAAUAUUAUCGGAUUUAGCAGGUAAAUUUCCGUAGACACUACAUUCAUGGACAUUAUGCUUAUACAGAACACAAAUCAAAGUUCACGUGCCAAUUUGAGGGACAACGUAUUAGACAGGUUUCUGUAUGAUAUCUGCGAAACAGACCCACGGAA